AUGUCGGCCACUCAGUCUGGUUCGGCCAACAUCCCGGAUAGAGGACCUAGUGUGUUCGCUGUCACAACUGCUACUCUCGUGCUGGCUUCCGUCUUCGUCGCGGCAAGGUUAUAUACCCGCCUGACCAUAGUGCGGCAAUUCAGCUGGGAUGACUGGUUCAUCAUACUUGCUUGGGCCUUUGCCUUCGCCGUUGGCUUCACCAUCGAUCUCGGUACUAAAAAUGGCCUGGGAAAACACGACAGCGAUAUCGCCGCUGGCGAUUGGAAUACUCUUCGGCGCUGCGAAUAUGCCUUUUCUGUCUUAUACAACCCUGCCCUCAUGGCCACAAAAACCUCCAUCUUGAUCUUUUACUUGCGGCUCUCCAGGAAUACGCAGCAAGUUCUUCGCCUAGCAUCCUGGGCAGUGCUCAUUGUCGUCAACGUUGCUGGAGUAGUAUUGACAUUUCUGAAUAUCUUUCAGUGUCGGCCCAUACGCGCUGCAUUUGAUAGAUACCCGGGUGAGGCGCAAUGCAUCCCGCUACUCACCGAGUUCUUGUGCUCGGCACCUGUCAAUAUAGUGACAGAUCUUGCUAUUCUGGCUCUGCCACUCCCAGUGCUUACUGGCAUGAGAUUGCCGUUUCGACAGAAGAUCAUCUUGAUUGUCACCUUUACUCUCGGCAUUUUUGUUACGGUGGUUGACGUCGUCCGGAUAUAUUACCUUCAACAGGCCAUUACAAGUGUGUCACCGGUCACCUCAAGCAAUCCCGAGGCGACCUUUGGGGAUCAGGCGGAAUUUGCGUGGAAUGCUUCUCUGUCGUUGAUGUGGUCCUCGGUAGAAGUCAAUGUCGGCAUCACCUGCGCUUGUAUACCGACUCUCAAACCACUCAUCGUGCGCAUUCUGCCAGCCAUGCUCAUUGACCCCGACGGCACGAGGCGCACCUCCGACACGACGGUGAAACAACCUUCGGACUCCUCAAGGCACUAUAGCGACGAAGGAGUCGUGCGACCUCCAGCCAUGGCACCUGAGCCAGCACUACUGUCUGAUGGUAUUGCACGUACAGAUCAGGCCGCUGAGCAUGAAUCCACUGCUCUGGAAUUUCUCACGACACCGGAUAUGUUAAAUACUACCCAGCCUAGCUCACCGACGAGGCUGGGUCGAUCGUCGACGAUAAUGACGGCUGCCACUGCCGCCACAACUGGCAGUAGCGAGAACACGGUGCUUUUUGGAUUUGUCAACAUGAAAAAGCCAAAGAGUAUCAUUCGUACUACUGUAGCCGAAUCUUGGAAAUACUGCACAGUGGUCACCAUUCUUUUCGUCUUGUGGGGGUUCUCUUACGGACUUUUGAACACAUUGAACAAUGCCAUCGCGACGGUGGCCAACAUGAGUGAGGCGCAAGCCAUCGGACUCACUAGCGUGUAUUUUGGAGGAGGCUAUUUCUUCGGCCCCUUGGUCGUGGGCGAAUGGAUUCUGCGGCACGAUGAGCAUCGCCGUACAAAGAAACACGACGGAACACCCUCGGUCGGCGGCUUCAAAGCAACUUUUAUCAUAGGGUUGUCCAUAUACGGCAUCGGCACCAUUAUGUUUUGGCCUAGCGCUAUUUUGACCUCUUUUACCGGUUUCAUGAUUUCGAGUUUUGUGGUUGGUUUUGGUCUUGCCGUCUUGGAGACCGCCGCAAACCCCUUCAUUGCUCUUUGCGGGCCAUUGAAUUAUGCGGAAAUGCGUCUUUGCUUGGCCCAGGCCAUACAAGCUGUCGCCACCGUCGUCAGUCAACUCUUGGCACAGAAAGUCUUCUUCAUCGGUAUACAAGGCCAAGAAAGUGACUCUACACUUUUAUUGGACGUGCAGUGGACAUACUUGGCGAUAACGUUGUUGUGCGCAGCAUUGGCCCUAUUCUUUUACUACAUACCUCUACCAGAAGUUACCGACGCUGAGAUGGAGAGAUCUACGAAAUACCUUCCAAUGGACCCGAAGAAACGAAGCAUAGGAGGGUUCCAGCUUCGCACCUGGACACUCGCUCUCGCUGUGCUGGCGCAGUGGACGUAUGUUGCUGGCCAGGAGAGUAUGAGCAUAUUCUUCCGAGGCCUUCUCACACCCGAUGCGCAAGUCCAAGCAGCCUCCAACUCUGGGGCAUCCCGCACUGCAGCAAGACAAGAAUCAUCUGAAAAUACAUCAUCCGAAGAUACUGCUGCACUCGCCCUCUCGAUUUCGGAUUACCUUUUGGUGGCUCAUACCGCAUUCGCGGCAUCUCGAUUUCUUGUUGCCUAUUUGGCAUAUUUAUCACCCAGACACCCCAAAGUCCCGCAACCGCGUACUGUGCUUAAUAUUAGCACAGGCCUGAGCAUACUCUUUGCAAUCUUGAUAGCAGCAAUACGCCCGUCAAAUCCCAACCUUGUGGCCAUUCCAGCAAUUUUAUUCUUCUUCUCGGAAGGGCCAAUGUGGCCAUUGAUCUAUACUCUCGGUCUGCGCGGCCAAGGAAAACGUACCAAAAGGGCGGCGGCGUAUAUCACCAUGGGAGCGUCUGGACCUGCGUUUUGGCCAUUUGUCAUGUACGCCAUCAAGCAGCAUGGUGCAAGCUAUCAGAUUGCAUUCACUGUUGUUGUUGGACUCUUGGUAUUUACAGCACCUUUUGCCAUCUUUUUGGAUUUCAAAAGGGAUGCCAGGACACUGGUUGACGCGCGCGUGGAUAGGGAAGAACAGCAGCGCCUCCAAUCUGGACAGCAAGAGCAAAUGGGCCUUGACGAGAUUAUUGCACGGCGGAGACAUACUACGGAAGGUAAUACUCAGCCAAGCAUGGUGAGGAAACUGUCGGUAGCGUUCAUCAAUCCAUUUAAGAAUCGGAGGGUAUCGGAACCGACCUCUGUAGAACAUCGUGAAAAUAAGAGAGGCAGUGGUGGCUGA